AUGGCGGCACAUACAAAUCGCUUGCAAAAUCUAAGCGUCGACGUCAACCACGCCGAUAAAAAGUACAUAAUCUGUCUCGUUCGCACACAUGUGCAUUCCCCAAAGUCUGAUCCUAAACCUGGGCCUCAAAGCGAACAAAAAAUCCGACACAGCGAUAAUCACACUCCAUGCCAGGAUUUCGUGGAAAUUAGAGAUAUCGUACCACAUCUGAUUCCUGAAGCCUUGGUCGUCGAGUAUGUUGCGUUCAAGCGCGGCCCUAGCGAUGUCUCUGUCAAGGACCAACUCUCGACGGACCUUGGAAAGCCGGUUGCAAGUGAAUUACAAGAUGACUAUGGCUCAACAGCAUAUAUAUCUCCCGAUUCCGUUCAGACCGAAGCAUUGGAUUUGGUAAAUCAAUUACGCGACUCAUUUUGCCGAAGCUGGCAAUCCCAACACAAGAAAGAUGAGCGAGACGACCCGCAACCAUGGAAGAAGAUCUUACUGGUAGGCCAUCGGUUCGGAAGCCUUAUCAUUAAGCAGGCCGUAAUACUUGCGAACACGAACCCGAGCUACUAUAGGCUCGCCCUCCAGAUAUCCCAUAUAGUAUUCAUGGGUCCGCGCCCUGGAACUACGGAUCUCGCCGCUUGGGACAAUCUGUUCAUAUCUAUCAUUCAAAAUUCUGGAUUGAAAGUCCAUGGCCGAAUGGCAGAAACCUUAUCUGGGCUAUCGGACACUGCGAUGGCAGUAUCACGGAGAUUCCACCGAUUCCUUAGUAGAUACGCUAUAGCUUACAUGGAGGACGCCCAAGUGUUCGAUGGUGUGCCUAACACAACAAUUGAGACGAAAGGUGUCACGACUGGUGUUCGGAAGCAAUCGGAGUUCAAGAACGACGACGAACCCUCCGAUGACUGUCUUCGGUUCAGUAGGAAUAGCAUUGACGUGCUACAGGGGAUUCGCGGUUUUUUUGCACCCUUAGAGCUUUUAUAUCACGCCAAUUCAGAAGAUGGUGAAUCCGAGGAGCUAUAUCUAAGAUUUUUGGAAAUGCUGUCUACAUCCCGGUUCUCCAUUUAUGAGAUUGACGUCGACAGCGAAUUCAAAGACAUGUUUGAUUUAGAGGAUUUUUAUCUCAACGAGCUUCGCCGAUUAAAUAUUGGUGCAUCCAGCUCGAAGAGCUCCAUUCAGAUUAUCGGUCCUCCAAGGCACGGAAAGUCAAGUUUACUUAAGAUCAUCCACCGCAAGAUUCGAGAGAAAGUACCUGCCAUUAUUCUUGAAUAUUGGUUCGAUCCAUCAAGUGAUAUGGAUCCCCAGGCGCAGAUCUACGACAUACUCGCCACAUUUAUUCGACAAAUCAUCUCCCAAAAGCCAUCAUCAUUUGCUAUGAUAUCCCGCCUAGUUGAAGAAUACUUCGCGGGAGAAACCUGGACGGAACGGAAUUUGCGUGUCAUUUUUGACCUACUGCGUGAUAACUUGGGUUUAUCGAUCCUUCUCAUCAUCCCAAACUUUGGGAAAUUAGCUAAGGAGGUCCAAUCAUGGUUGCGGGAUCUCACGGUAUUUCUGGAUCAAUGCAGUGACGGCUACUGCUACCUUAUUAGCAACGACAAGCACGUCGUGGGAUUAACAUCCGGAGAGCCGAUAAUCUUAGAUCUCGGACCCAGUGUGGAUCGCUUCAAUCGAGACCUUUUGCCCGAGAAAAUUGCAGCCUUAGUGAACAACACCACAAUCUUCAGACCUCUCAAAGGGGGGGAAAGAGAAAGAAUUGGACGGAAGCUGGAAGAAAAUAUUCAUUCUAUGGGUGAUUUACUACUUUCGGCCGGUUUAUAUACGAGGUACUUGAUGUCUCGAACCCCCCAGCUAUCGAAUUGCAAUUUUAUAGAGUUUGAAAUAGAGACCAGCCCAAAAACUCGUCAGAGCCUCUUUGAAUAUCAAGUCCAAGAGCUGAAGGGCCGAUCUCCAGAUCUCUUUCGCUGGGGUACGCUAUUAUUAUCAUGGGUGCUGAACUCUUUCCGGCCACUGAGCGCCUCAGAGCUGGCUGCGGCCCUAGCUAUUGAGGCUGAUGAUGAUAACUUUGUAAAGCUGGAUGGCCGCAUCUGCCGAGACCUGACAUCGGAUAUCGGUAGGUAUCUGAGUUUGUUUGUUAGAGCGGACUGCAAAGUCAUUUCACUUUGGGGCUCUAAAGCCGAAUUUACUGCACUAUUAUCGGAUCUGAGGCAUGGACAACCCAUACAAGUCGCCGAUCAUGGGGAGCUAUCUCGGAACUGCCUCCACUACUUAAAAAUCGUGUUAUUGCAGACAAGGAAUGACCAAGGCUUAUGGAAGCGGUGUCAAUCACAGGCCGCACGGACGUGGGCCCACCCAGUUGAGGAUGGAGAGCAUCCAGCCCUGGAAUUUCUCGACUAUGCUGUGAGGUACUGGCCAGAGCAUUAUCAUCAUGCUGUCCGGGGGAAGCCUAGCGACCACCUUGAUUAUAGGGUCCUCGAUUUUUUGAAUGAUCCCGAUGUGAAUACCAAAUGGUUUUCGCUUUACCUCGCAGCGAAUGGCGUUUUGCAACAAAACUCAGACGAGGCAUUCAGGACUGUCCUUAACGCCGCCCAAAGCUCCACCUCAAAUUCGAACGACGAAGCUACCGGGUUAUAUCUCGCUAAAUAUCUUGGAUUUUCAUCGGCCGCAGCCAAGAUGGUCGCCGAUAACAAAGAAGCUUCCAAUAGUCUUCUGGGGUCUUCAAACGUCGUGAUAACACGUGGCAAAUGGAUACGAAAACCGAUUUUCCCAGAUGAAACCGACAAAAGCUUCCUCCGCGCCGCUAUUCAUAACAAAGAUAACACAGGCAUCUCCGAGAGGCUGAUGGGGUCCGAUACGGCGGCCCAUAUAUUCACAGCUGCUCAAGGUGGCCGAGUAGAUAUAUUGGAACUCCUGCCGAAUGACAGUGUAACCCGAGCGUUGGACGAACAUAGGCGAAACGCAAUCCACUUUGCUGUUCUGGGGGGCAACAUCAAUGCGGUGUCGCACUUCCAGCGGCUCGGUGUCUCAAUCGAUGGAAAAGACUCGCACGGAGAAACUCCAUUGAUGCUAGCUACUAAAGUUGGCAAUUUCGAAGCAGCAAAAUACAUAAUUAAAUGCGGCGCAAAUAUGACGACUACGGAUAGCUGCGAGAGAGCCGCCUUACACUACGCAAUAGAAUGGCUCCAACUUCGAACGACCUCUCGAGGGAACAUAGGAAUAUUAGAUAUUUUCUUAGGCGCGAAGUAUAACCUAGACCUAAGAUCUAGCGUUCUUCGGGUGGCAUCUCGCUCUGGAGAUUCCUUGAUCUUUCAGAGGCUGCUAGAUGCAUGGGUGGAUCAGGUAGAAGACGUUAUUAAUAUGCAGGACAACGAAGGGCGCACCCUUUUGCAUAUUGCCGUUGCUAACGGACGAAAGGUUAUCGUUGAAAUUCUUCUAAAACUGAAAGCAGAUGCAAAUAUCUUGGAUAAGCAUGGGUUUCUACCUCAGGCUUUGGCCGCAAAAAACGGACACCUUGAAAUUCUGAAACUACUACCGGAGUGUCCUGAAGAUAAUGCACAGCUUUUAUAUCGAUCGUCGGAGGCGGGCCAGCUACUAGUGGUGCAGUAUCUCGUAUCCGAAAGAGGCUUCUCCGCCAACCCACACGGAGAAGACAAGGCGAACAGCCCGCUGAUGAUAGCUGCUAUCAGCGGCCACGCCGAGAUCGUAAAAUUUCUACUCGCGCGUGGCGGAGACCCCGACGUCGAGGGAAGAGAACGACGAACGCCCCUUCAUGAAGCGGUCGAGAAGGGUUAUACAUCGGUCGUACGAAAUCUAAUUGAGGCCGGUGCCGACGUUAACUCGCGAGAUGCACAAAGACGAACUCCCCUCCACUUCGCAGCAGGGGCGGGCGCCUCUAGAAUGGUUGAACUACUCCUUGAUAUGGGUGAGGCGAAAGUAGACGUCCUCACUAGAGGCCAGAGUACAGCGCUCCACUUAGGUGUCAAAAAUAGCGAAGUGGUGCAGCUACUUCUCAAACAUGGUGCAGAAAAAAAAUUGAAGAAUUCUAGUGGCCGAACACCUUUGAUCCUAGCCAGCAUUUCCGGCUACACUAUUUCAGCUAGGGUGCUUCUAAAUGGCGACGCUGCUGCAUGUGAAGUUGACGAGAAUGGCCAUACCGCCCUUUAUCAUGCGAUCCGAAACAACAAUUCAGAAAUAGCAAUGAUGCUCUCCAAAUCAGGAAAAUGCGUGCAGAAAACCUUGAGCAAGUCAAUCAGGCACUCCGAUAAGGACACCUUUCAAGCCGUUCUGAACUUGUUUCCGCAUCCCAUUGAGAUAUUCAAACUAACUAAUUACAAGGGCGACACGCUGUUGCACAAAGCAAUAGACCAGGAUUCUGGCGAGUUUUUUAAAAUCCUUGUUGAUAUGACCCAGCUCAGUCCUCCACCUAGACCGGGUUGCGCCGUUGAUACCCUCCAAGGCCCGACAGAAAUAGAUAACAAGAGAUUGCUAGAUCUUCAAAACGAAAGAGGUGAAACCCCUUUAUAUCGCACCGCAUCCCAGGGUUUAGAAAGUUUUGCCAAAGUGUUACUCAGUGAAGGGGCAAACCCUCGAAUUUGUGGGAACGGAGGAUGGUCGCCGCUGCAUGUUACAGUGGAUAAACCCGAGUUCCUCCGAAUUUUCAUAUCUAGUGGUGCAGAUAUCAAUUGUCGGUCGAAUCAGGGAAUUACCCCUCUAAUGCUUGCGGUAAACUGGUGUGAAAGGGAGGCCGUGGAAAUCUUACUGGAAAAUAAUGCAGACGUUGAGCUUGAAACUAAAUCUGGCGUAACUGCGCUACACCAUGCAGCCAAGCAAAGUGAUGGAGAGAUUUUAAAGCUUCUUCUACAAAAGGGAGCAAACGUUAAUAAAGAAGGCGAUGGCAACAUGACACCUCUGUCUCUAGCACUGGAAUCUGCUAAGCCGGAUAAUGUACGCCUGCUCUUGGAGUACGGAGCGAAUCUCGAAGAUCUCGCUUCUGGGGGUAGAAACCCCCUUUCUAUCGCUACAACAAGCUCAGAGGUCUUGGACAUCAUUCUUACGGCUGGAAAAGAAAAAACACCUAAAUUGUGGAAUCGUCAACAAGUAGAGGAUGCUACGAUAUCCGGCUGUGAACGCCGUGCCGUUGGGUGCAUUAGCCUGCUAGUCAAAGAAGAGCCAUGGUUAUUAACCACAAGAAUUUUAGAACAGUAUAUAGCAAAGUUGAAACCGCACGAUAAAAACCCUGAACUCCAGGAAGAGUUAGCAAUCGGUCUUAUAAACGCUGGACUCGACCCAUUUGGACGCUCGGGAGAGCGAAAUGAAUCGCCUUUUGAUCUGCUAGUAUACUCAUUGCGCGAAAUCCGCUCCCAAGUCCUUGAUUUCUGUAUAUCAAAGAUAGGGGAAGACCUCUCGAUGUUUGGUGACGGGUUUCGGGUUCUACGAAAUUCAAUAGAAAUGAAAUCAGAAACCUUGUGGGAGAAAUUACAGCCGUUACGAGAGAGAGCGUCACAAUCUUUCGAUAAGGAUAAUUGGUCACUCGACCACCAUCUCUACCAAGCCAGGGAAACUUUUUCUGGAUUUACUGGGGUAAUCCCAGACACUACUCCUGAAGGUCCGACAUCUUUGAUGAUCCCCAAGAUUUGGAAAGACUGGAACCUGAAUCCCGACAUUGAUUCAGGGCUAGACCUCAAGAGUGGUGGCCUCGAAGUUUUAUUUAAAAACAUGGAUAGCCACAACCCCGACGGCUCCAUGAUAUGGGAUGGAAUUACUAUCCGUUCCGACCGUCCCUUUCCUCCUAAUGGUAUGGGAGCUCGUUAUUUCGAGAUUGAUAUCGAGCCUGACGACGCUAUCAAAGACGUCUUGGGCCAAGGUUUGACGGUUUGUAUAGGGCUUUGUGGUGAAUUUUCAUUCCUUGCAAAUUCGCGCUGUGGGUGGAAUCUGUGGUCAAUCGGAUACCACGGCGAUGACGGAAAUAUAAUGUUUGGUAAUGACUCCCAGGAAUUCGAAAAAGUAGGUCAUAUCUAUGGCUUUGGGGACACAGUGGGUUGUGGGAUCAAUUAUCACCGAAAGGAAGUUUUCUUCACCUUGAACGGAUGUAUCAUUGCAAACAUUAAGAGUGAUAUAAUCUUCAGAAAGAUAUAUCCCAUCAUCAGCCAUAUAGGCCGCUCCUGUGAAAUCCGUGCUAAUUUUGGUACAAGAAGCUUUUCGUGGCCAAAGGCCGACGUUCACUAG